AUGGCUCCCACCAAAGUCAUCAUCGUCGGCGCAGGCAUCGCCGGCCCUCUACUCGCCGUCUUCCUCAAGCAGAAGGGCUACGACCCUGUUCUCUAUGAGCGCACGGAGUCUGUUUCCAAUGCGGGCCUGAGUCUUUGCCUCCAAGCCAACGGCCUCCGCGUUAUCGGAAAGUCCCCGGGGCUCAUCGGACGUCUGCACGGCUGGAGCAUUGACAACAUGCUUUUCUACUCUGAUCUCUCUGAGGACAGCGGCGUCAUCGCUGAAAACGACGUUCCGAAGCGCCUUCGCUCCAAGUUCGGGCCAACUUUUUUUGGCAUCCGUCGUCCCGUGGUGCUCCAGGCAUUGAUUGACCACGCAGAGUACUCCGGUGUUCUAACUAAGUGGGGCCACAAGCUCGUAUCGCUCGAGCAGGGCGAGAACUCUGUCAAGGUCAGGUUCGCCAACGGCGCCGAAGACACUGCGAGCUUCGUUGUCGGCUGUGAUGGUCUGCACAGCAACACGCGGGUUUGCCUGUUCGGAGAGUCUCCGGCGAACUUUACCGGGCUUACGCAAUGGGGAGGCAUCUCUCCCAUUCCCGAUCAGCUCCGACACAGAUCCGCUUUCAUGAACAUCUUUGGCAAUGGGAUACACAUGAUCGCGUACCAAGUGUCCGACAACACCAUUUCAUGGGCUGUCAACAUGCGCGAACCGGAGGCCAAAGAAGAGUGGAAAUCGAUCGAUCCCGCAGUGGCCGAGGACUUCAAGAAGAACUCGCCGUUCAGUGAGUGGCCUUUCGGCGCUGGCGAACUGGUCAGGAACAGCUUGAAGAUCGUCCGGUACGGCAUCUAUGACCGUCCUGAGCUGAAGACCUGGUUUCAAGGACGAGUAGUCCUCGUCGGAGACGCCGCUCAUCCGACCAAUCCCCACCUCGGCCAAGGCGCGAACCAGUCAUACGAGGAUCUUGGUCUGCUGAUUGAUCUCCUCGAGAAACACAACCCCUCGGCGGCGUCGCCAUCGACCGACACACUGAAGACAAUCUUUGCAGAGUUCGAGCGGGCGCGCCUGUCGCUCACUGCACACCUCGUGAAGAAAGCGCGCAUACAGGGUGAGAUGCGAGUUGUCACGGGUGCCGAAGAAUGCAUCAAGCGCAACGAUUUCUAUCGCGAUAUGUGCGCCGAUCCUGCUAAGCUGAAGGCGCGGUUUGGUGUGUAAGCUGUGCUGUGACUUACGUAGCUAUUGAGUGUACGAGUACGAUAUAUCCUCUCAGAUUAAAUCUCCACGUUCAAACCAUUUGCUGU